AUGAUCAAUUUGUGGACAGAGACGUAUUGGUUGCCUAGAAAUGUUUCGUGGGAAGAACUUCCGCCGAAAUUCAAUGAUUUGCUAGUUCCCAUUUAUUUGGCACUGCCUCUUGUUGUUAUCAGGUUGGAAUUUGUUUUUUUUUUGAAAAAAAAACUUGAAAAUCAUUACAGUAAGACUGUUUUCGAGAGAAUUUAGUCUAAUUUCUGGCCAGUUGGGCUCAGGCUAGAUUUUCAGCAUUUCGAAAAUAUUGCUGAAAUUUGGGGGUACGAUUAUUUUGUAGAGAUGGUAAAUCUGUCUGAGCUAGAUCUGGAAAUCUCUGAAAAUCGUGUUUCCUUCGAUUUCAAGAUUUUCAAUAUCUUCAUAAUAACCCUACCCGUAAAUUUCAGCCAUAUUUUCAUAAUUGCUGAAAUCCUGACUAAAGCAACCCAGCAAAAACUAGUUUUUUUGUUUCAAAUCGAUUUUUGGCCAUAAUGUAGACUCAAAAUUCCCUCGAAAACAUUCUUAUUUGUUUUUAUGAUGUGCUUAUGUUCUUCUGUAAUGUUUGCACAAAUCGAACGGAAAUUAUUGAUUUUUUGGAGGCUACAAAUCAUGGAAGAAUAAUUGUGACCGAAUUUUUGUGAAGUUGAGCUCAUUUUGUAUGUAGAGCUUGAAAAUCUGCGCAAGAUCAGAAUAGAUUUGAUUUAUGGUGAUAUUUGAAAACAUCUGGAAUUCGAAUCUGAAAAUAAUUUUCUUUGACUUUAUUUCUAAUCUCUGAUCUAAAUCCACUUUUAUCUUGUGCAGAUUUUCAAGCUCUACAAAAUGAACCUAAUUUUGAAUUUUGAAAAAAAAACUGAAAGAUAUUUCCAAGCUCCACGAAAUCAUCCAAAAAUCAAUAUAUUUUUUUGCAGAAUCUUCUGGGAAGCGACAAUCGGUGUCGCCUACUUAUUCUUCCGCACAAAUGCCUACAAAUCCAGGAAAAAUAUCACGCUAUUGGGAGCGGUGAGUCAUAUUUCAUUUUUAUGUUGUGCUUUAUUGCCAACUCACGUUGACUUAUGAUUUUCUGAUGUUAUCAGAGCCUAAUUUUUUUUUGUGAUAAUUUAUCAUGGAACAUCAAUUUGAUAAGAAAAAUGAAACAAGAGUGUAUAGUUAGGAAUCAAUACAAGAAAAUAUACAAAAUGGGGGAAAAUUGAAAUUUUUCAAAAAAAUUUAAAAAAUUCAAAAAAAAACGUUUCUUGCAGAUGUGGGAACAUCUCUCCGGUGGAUUUGCAUCCGAAUCUCGCGCCAAAAAAAUUCUGGAAUGUUUCUGGAGAUUCAGCUACUACACAUUUGCAUUUAUCUACGGGUGUUAUGUUAUGUUUGAUAAAGAAUGGCUGUCUGAUGUAAAACAAUGCUGGAUUGGUUAUCCAUUUCAUGAAGUUCCAAAUUCAAUCUGGUAGGCGUUUUUUUCACAGAAAAUCCUGUGAAGUUCACUCUAAAAUUGUAGUUUUAGAGCUAUUUUCAAUUUUAAUUUUGAAGAGCUCAAAACCCCUCAUUUUCCAGGUGGUACUAUAUGAUUGAAACUGGUUUCUAUUACUCUCUUCUGAUCGCUUCCACCUUCGAUGUUAGACGUUCGGAUUUCUGGCAACUUAUGGUUCAUCAUAUUAUCACCGUGUUUUUAUUGUCUUCCAGUUGGACUAUCAAUUUUGUUAGGUAAUAUUUUAUGAUUUCUGAUGACAGUUGGCCUGAAAUAGCAUUUAGGCUUGCUUGAAAAUUUGAAUCUUUCGAACUCCCGCGAAAUCCUCAAUAGAGCGCAUUUGCAAAUUUGGCGAUUAAUUUCGGCGAUUUUUUAUGAUUUUUUGGUGAUAAAUGGCCUGGAAAUUCGAAAAAUGGCCUAGAAACUCAACCUGAAUUGAUCUAGAAAUACGAAAAAUAGCUAGAUUUAGGCUUGCUUGAAAAUUUGAAUUUUUCGAAUUCCCGCCAAAUCCUCAAUAGAGCGAAUUGGCGAAAUUUUCAGUGUCAUUCUGAAUUUUUCAACUUCCCGCGGUUAAUUUCGGCGGGAAAUUUGAAAUUUGAAUUUAUUUGGAUCCAAUUAUUGAUUUUAAUGGCCACCUAAACUUUACCACGUCAUAUUUCAUAUCCAAAAUCCCAAAAGCUAGAUUUAGGCUUGCUUAAAACUUUGAAUUUUUCGAAUCUCCGCCAAAUCCUCAAUAGAGCGCAUUUGCAAAUUCAGAGAUCAAUUUUUUGGAUGAAAAACUAAUUUUUUCAGAGUCGGAACCCUGA